AUGGCUUCCAUGCUGACGGCCGGGUGCACAUCGCCCGACGCAAGUGGCAAGCAGCAGUCGGUGUCCCCCCAGUCCUGCUCGCCGCGGAUCGGCGCGCCCCCGACGACGGCGAACGCCCAGAAUGCUGGCCAGACGACGGGCAAUUCCGCCGUCUCCGCCUCCGCCUCCGCCAUGAAUAAUCCGACAGCCGUCAAGCUGGGCGUUAUGGACGUCCCGAAGGCGCUGCAGGACGGCGAGAAGUUCAUCAAAUGGGACGAGGACUCCUGCAACGGGACACCGGUAACGUUGCGCGUCGACGUGAAAGGUUUUUUCCUCUACUGGGUCGACCAGAACCACGAGAUGGACAUGCUGGACAUUGCGACCAUACGCGACGUCCGGACCGGACAGUACGCCAAGAAGCCGAGGGAUAUUAAACUUCGCCAAAUUGUCACGAUGGGAUCGCAGGACACGCUCGAGGAGAAGACUGUGACCGUGUGCUAUGGGGCCGACUUCGUGAAUGUCAACUUUAUCAACUUUUGCUGUACUCGCAAAGAAAUCGCCCGGCUGUGGUGCGAUGAGCUGAUCCGAAUGGCGUACAACUUGACCCAGCUGAACGGUCCGGCUAUUAUGUUCCUGCAGAAGGCAUACACCAAGCUCUGCCUGCAGGUCGACAAGAGCGGCAAGAUCCCGGUGAAAAACAUCAUCAAAACGUUCGCCACCAACAAGGACGACCGGAGGCGCGUGGAGAAGGCACUGGAUGUGUCCGGGUUGCCGUCCGGGAAAGGCGAUACCCUGGCGUUGGCCAAGUUCCAGUUCGAGGACUUCUUUAAUCUGUACAAAAAUCUCUCCCAAAGAACGGAAGUCGAGAAGGUGUACGAUGAGCUGGUUGGCACGUCGAAGCGCCGGCUGAUGUCGACCUCGCAGUUGGUGGAUUUCCUCAACAAAACUCAGCGGGAUCCACGGUUGAACGAGAUCCUGCACCCGUACGCCAACACGGCCCGUGCCCGCGAUCUGAUCCAGGAGUACGAGCCGAACAAGUUCAAUGCCCAGAAAGGGCAGCUCAGUUUCGAUGGAUUUCUAAGAUAUCUGAUGUCCGAGGACAACCCUAUCAUGGCGGCCAGCAAGCUGGACCUGAGCGACGACAUGGACCAACCGAUGGCGCACUACUUCAUCAACUCGUCGCACAACACCUACCUGACCGGCCACCAGCUGACCGGCAAGAGUUCGGUCGAGAUCUACCGCCAAAGCUUGCUGGCCGGGUGCCGGUGUGUGGAGCUGGAUUUUUGGAACGGCCGCACGGAGGAGCCGGUGAUCGUGCACGGCUACACCUUCGUACCGGAGAUCUGCGCCAAAGACGUCCUAGAAGCAAUAGCCGAGACGGCAUUCAAAACGUCGGAAUUCCCUGUGAUACUGAGCUUCGAGAACCACUGCAACCCGCGGCAGCAGGCCAAGAUAGCGAACUACUGUCGUGAAAUAUUCGGCGACAUGCUCCUCGAUAGGCCCCUGGAGUCCCAUCCGCUCGAGUCGAGCGUCGAGCUACCGGCACCGUCGCUGCUGAAACGGAAGAUUAUCAUCAAAAACAAGAAAAAACACCACCAUCACCAUCAUCACAAAAAGGGCACCACGGCGACGGCCGCCGUCGUUACCAGCCCGCAGCAGCAACAACCACCGGUGGCCGCCGCUAAUAAUGGUGCCGCUAAUGCAAAUGCCACAACAGUUAACAGCAACUCCACCCCCAUUAGCGGCGCACCGGUUGCGGCCAACAACGGUGCAAACGCGCCAGCAGCAGCUGCAACGAGCGGCUUGCAGCAGUCUCAGCUGGAUGGCGACCCGAGCGUCAACAGCAACAACGGCACAACACCACCACAAGCAAUACAGCCACCGACCGGGAACGGCGACAUUCCGCACCAUGCACCACCGUUGCAGCAAAUUCGUCAAAGCUCAAAGGAAAGCACCGGCUCGUCGGACACGGACAGUUCGAGCGAUGACGAGUCGAUUCCGGGCACGCAGGUACCGGGAGCGAUCGGGCCGAACGAGGCCGACAAGGUGCCGCAAACCAAAGAGACUGAGGCGGGCGCGGAGAUCUCCGCACUCGUCAACUACGUGCAGCCGGUGCACUUUAGUAGCUUCGAGAAUUCGGAAAAGAAGGCCCGCUACUACGAGAUGUCUUCGUUUGACGAGAAGCAAGCUACCACGCUGCUGAAGGAGCGCCCGAUCGAGUUUGUCAACUACAACAAGCGACAGCUAUCGCGUGUCUAUCCGGCCGGAACACGCUUCGACAGUUCCAACUUUAUGCCACAGCUCUUCUGGAACGCCGGUUGUCAGCUGGCCGCACUGAACUAUCAAACGCUGGACCUGGCGAUGCAGCUUAACCUGGGCAUCUUCGAGUACAACCAUCGUUGCGGUUACUUGCUGAAACCGGAGUUUAUGCGCCGCAAAGACCGUCGGCUGGAUCCGUUUGCGGAGAGUACGGUGGACGGCAUCAUUGCCGGCACGGUCGUGGUGACGGUUAUGUCGGGUCAGUUUCUGACCGACAAGAAAGUCGGCACGUUCGUCGAGGUGGACAUGUUCGGAUUGCCGGCCGACACGGUGCGUAAAAAGUUUCGAACCAAAAUAGUGCGCGACAACGGCAUCAACCCGGUGUACGACGAGGAACCGUUCGUGUUCAAGAAGGUGGUGCUGCCGGAGCUGGCCGCCAUUCGGAUAGCGGCGUACGAGGAGGGCGCCAAACUGAUCGGGCACCGGGUGCUCCCGGUGAUAGGGCUGUGCCCCGGCUACCGGCAUCUGACGCUGCGGACGGAAGUGGGACAGCCGAUUCCACUGGCCACCCUCUUUCUGUGCAUUGUCGUCAAAGACUACGUUCCCGAUGGGCUGUCCGACUUUGCGGAAGCCCUCGCCAAUCCGAUCAAGUACCAGAGCGAACAGGAAAAGCGCUCCAAACAGCUCGCCGUGCUGGAGGAGGACACGGAACCCACCGAGGAGGACUCAUUUGUCGUUGUAUCUCUAGGUUUGAGCAAAGGCAAGGGCGAUACACUCAACAAAUCGAGUGACAACAACACCGUCGGAAGUCCGGCACGGCAACAACGGCCCACCGGUCAGCAGACGCAGGUCGAAAGUGAUGCCGAGCGGGAGGCCCCAUUGGAGGUGGUGACCAAAGUAGUGUCUCUGCCCAUGGCUCAACCCUCACUGGAUUCAGCGCCGGGCAGCGCUGCCGUUCGGCCGCCGACGGCUGCCACCGUGCACGUCACAUCCAGCGGGGGCGGUGGACCACCGAUUACCACUACCACCAACGUACCGCUGGGCGCUUCCGGGCCCGGUACGGCCGAUUCUGCGACGCACCAGCAGCUCCAGCACCACCACCAGCAAGACGGUAGCGGUAAGAUUGUGGCCGAUCCGCUGGAGAAGAUAUUCGAGGACAAGCAGAUCCGCAAGAAGCGGGAAGCACUCGAGAAGGAGCUGAAAGCUCUCAAGAAGGGCCACGACAAGGAGAAGCUCAAGAACCACGCGGCGCAGAAAGGUGGCGAACUGGCCGGUGGUGGCGGUGCCGAUGGGCCGCUGAAGAAGUCCAAGUUCGCGAUGGGCAACAAACUGGUGAAGCGGUUCAGUAGCAAAAACAUGGCCGACAUGAACGUGAAGGUGCCGCCGUGUGCGACCUCGGACACGGACGUGACGGGAGACGCGCAGGCGGAACGGUUGCGGCAAAUCUGCCGCGAGCACGCCAGCAGCUACCGGGAGGUGCUGGAGAAGUACCACGAAAUCAUCUACAGCCUGGCGGAGGAUUUGCUCCGUCAGUCGCAGGAGAGCCAGAUGAAGCAAUUGAAGACACAACUCGAGCGUGAAACGACCGAAGUGAUGCGACAGCUGCAGCUGUCACGCAAAAGCGAAGUGAAGCAGCUGGCGAUGGUCCACAAGGACAAGGACGAGCUGGAGCGCAUGAAGCGUGAAGUGGAUUCGACGCUCGUCGAGAAGGGCGUCACGGAACGGGUACGGCUAACGGCGACGUACGAGCGGAAACGGGACGAGCUGCAGCGACAGCACGACACGGUGAAGCAGGGUUUGGAAGACCACAAGCUGAAGGCACGUUCGAUGCUGGAGAAGGAAGCAGAAUCUCAUGCCUGCAUUUCGGACACAUUCCUGGUCCACCUGAACACCAGCAACAGCACCACGAGCUGUUCGUCGGUUGGUGGCACCACGCCGCACCCACCGGCGACCUCCAUAUCCAGUGGCAACAUUUGUGCCACCGCCCACGGCAGUGCCCACGAGAACAGCGUCAACAAUACUCACGCCACGUAG